AGCGGCGGCACCGGGACUGAGCGGAGACUGGCCGGGGCCACCUGGGCGCGGGGAAGGGGGGAGCCGAGCGCAGGGCGCGUCCUUCUCUCCCUGCCAGCGUCUCCGGGAGAGCGGAGCUGGAGCCCCCGGCGAUGGAGCCCAACAGCCCUCGGAAGAUCCAGUUCACCGUCCCGCUGCUGGAGCCGCAUCUGGACCCGGAGGCAGCCGAGCAGAUCCGGAGGCGCCGGCCAACUCCAGCUACCCUGGUUCUGAGCAGCGACCAGUCGUCCCCAGAAAUCGACGAGGACCGGCUCCCCAACCCAUUGCUGAAGCCGGGUCUGUCCAUGUCACCCAGACAAAGGAAGAAGGUCCCCCGCACGACCCCCACCAUGAAAGAGCUCCAGAUGAUGGUGGAGCACCACCUGUGCAAGCAGCAGGCGGAGGAGGAGGAUGCCAGCAUGGGGAGCCAGGAGCCACACAGCCCUGGGUGCUGCCACCACGGUAACACAGACCCCAGCCACAGCCCCGGGGGAACCUGCCCCCUUGCCCAGGCCAAGACCAGGCUGGAGUCUCAGGAGGGCAACCAUGCUGGACCAGAUGGGAAGGAAGAAUCAACAGGAGCUUGUGCAAAAAGCGAAGACAAUGGAAGGCCAGGACUGUCCUCAGAGAAGCAGAGCGUGCAUAUACUACCAAAGGACCCCUCAGGCAAGCAGGUGCCUGCAAGUGACUAGGUGGCGCUCUGUUCCAGGUGUGAGUGGUGUUUCAAGGACAGAGGCAGGGCGACGCGGCGGGGAGGAAGGAAGAAGGAAGAUCACUGGGGUGGGGUGGGGGGAUUUAAUGAUUGUUUUCUAAGAUUACAAUGGCUGUUUGGAUGUUUGUGAUUUUUUUUUACUGCCGUAGAGAAGACGCCCUGGAGUGGGAAGGUAAAGGCUGAAAUCUGGUCCCACCAGCCCUUCCUGGCUCAUGGUGGAUGGGGCAGCCCAGCACAAAUGGGGCAUUUCACAGUAAACACAAUGAUCCUGGGCGGGAUUGACAGUGCUGGGCGUGGACAUGUAAUUCCAGGCAGAGUCCAGAGAGGGUGAGAUCCCCCCUCGCACAACCCAGCCCAGCCCCGGACCUCACACCCUGCAUGAGACCAGAGCGGGAGUGUAGGAAUGGCUGGGUCUUGUGCCAGGCCACCCCCGAGCUCCCCUCACCCAACUGACAUGUGGUGAAGCUACGACCUGCCCUGUCCACACUGGGGGUUUGAAGCAUGUUGUCAAUCAUGGUUUAAACACACCUUUGUGCUAGUGUGGACAAGCCCAAGGAGCGCAGCACCUAGGAGGACACCCCUUUCUUCCCAGCCAGAUGGGAACCCCCUGCAGCCAGAACCCCAGUGCUUCCCCCUCGCCCUGGGUCUGACCAGGGUCUUUAACCCUACAAGACUCCUGCCAUCCUCAGCCAGAUCCCAGGACAAGUGGGCCAAGCUGGGCCCAGGAUCUGCUGAUCCCAGGGCAAGCUUGGGAUGUGAGCAUGCAUCGUGCCCCAAGCCUGGCAGUGCUGCAUGCCCGGCUGCCCUUGCCCCUGUCCAGCGGUGCAGGAGGCUGAGCCCUGCCCGGUGUGUCUGUCAUCGCCUGCACUCAGCCCUCUACAAGCCCCCGUCGUCACCACAGCUUUGGCUGUCCGGAGCACCAAACCUCUCGUGUCAAUCAAUAAACUGAUCUCAUGUCAGCGCCUGCUGCUC